UUUACAUGUAUAUGUAAAGUACAUGUUUAUGUUUAUGUACACCCCAACUACUACUAAAUAGAAUAGUCUAAGUUUUAGAUGGUAGUCGAAAGUGUCCAGAUAGUGAUACGAUUGGGUUAAUCUUGUUUGACUAACAAAAGAUCAUGAGUGGGGGAAUUGCACCAAGUAAAACAACAGUGUAUGUGUCCAAUUUACCAUUCUCACUCACCAAUAAUGAUCUGCACAAGGUUUUUGAGAAGUUUGGACGUGUUGUCAAGGUGACAGUUGUGAAAGACAAAGAGCAACGACGAAGUAAAGGAAUUGCUUUCGUUCUUUUCAUCGACAAAGAAUCUGCUCACAAAGCAGUGAGGGCAAUCAAUGGAAAAGAGUUGUUUGGAAGGAGGUGGAAGUGUAACAUGGCAGCAGACAAUGGCAGAGCAUCAGAGUUCAUUCGACGAAAAAAUUACCCAGAUAAAUCGCGAUGUUAUGAAUGUGGGGCUGAAGGUCAUCUUAGUUAUCGUUGCCCCAGCAACUCUUUAGGUGAAAGGGAGCCUCCUAAAAAGAAAGAAAAACAUGACAAAGAUAGAAAACGAAGGGGUACUGGCAGGCCUGCUGAACCAUGGGAAAUAAAUGAAGAGGAAGAGGAGCAAGGAGAGGAUCCUGCCUUGGACAGUUUAAGUGCUGCAAUUAGUUAUGAGUAUGAUUUGAGAGAAAAGGGUGAGAGUAGCUCUUAUGAACCAGCUACAAAGAAAUUAAAGGUUAAGACAAGUGCUUACUUUAGCGAUGAGGAAGAAGUUGGUGAUGAUGGAGAUUGAAUGCCAGAUGUGUACACUGCCCUCAACAAAAGUUAAUGAGCUGUGUACAAUUACUUUGGCAAUGAAGCAAGGCCUACAAAGCAGUGGUACACUGAUAAUGAGACCACCCUGCAGGUUAAUGUUGGCCAAGAGUCAAGCUACACAGACGAUGAUAAAUGAAGCUGGCACGUUAUUGUUGACUUAUUGGAAGUGGUGAAAUACUACCCUCAAUGUUUGUUGAGAUGUUUACAAAGACAGUACAGUAUUGUAUUGUUUGUAGAACAAUUAUGAUUACAGCUGACAACAAAUCUAACAAGAAAAAAAAUUCUUGUGUUGCCUGUGGAUGGUGUAAUAUUCAUUUUUUUUUACUACAGGCCUAUUGAUGAUUCAUGGCUAAUCAUCACUUGUAUUUGGCUGGUAAAAUGGUAAUAACUUUAUAACAAAAAGUGCCCUUUUCAAUCAACAUAACAAGUACUUUGGGCAUGAACUAAUCAGUUUUCAAGAUUGUGUUUGUGGUCGAACACACAAACCAUUUGUUUUGCCAGAUUGUAUUUUUAUAAGGGUUAUUAAAAUGCUGCCCUCAGUGAAGAGUGUUAUGCAAUUAAGAUAUGCAAAGCCAAAAUAUUUCUGAAUUAUUGCACAAAGAUACACUGUACUAGAAAGUAUUAGAAUUCAUGUAACACAUUGUAAUGUCAACCUAAAAUUUAAUCACAAAUGUUUUCUUCAAGGUUUAGUAUCCUAGUACCUACAUACAUAUUUUGGAAUUUUAGUAAGGAAAUAUUACCUCUACUCACAACCUGGUUCUGUAUUUUACUGUUGUUACUAAAUGCCAAUAAAUAGUUGAUACCGUAACUAGACACUUCUCUGCUGUUUGCAUAUGUAAAAUCUAUCUAUUCAUUCAACAGAUUAAACUUAACACUAUUAUUUAUGAUAGUGUAAAUAAUUAAAUUAAUAUAAUUGCUGUAACACAACCAUAUAAACUUUGACAUACGUAUCCUAUAGCAACGACAUUUAAGAAUGAAAUUUACAUAAAAUAUACUGUACCACUAAUCAAUAAUAUAUUCCGAUAUGUACAGCGUCUAACAAAGUGCUGCUAAUGCGACUUCCAUGAUUGUGGGUUGGACUACUGUAAUCAUGUUAAAU